UCUUAACAAAAACAAAUCUGUGGAAAACAAGACAUCCAUCAAUAUUCUUGGGUAUCAUGUUGGUAAUGGCGUCAUCAAACCAGAUGAAGAAAGACUUAAACCUCUACAGGAAUUUCCUCCUCCCACCAAUGUGCGUUCUCUAAGAAGAGUUGUUGGUAUGUUCGCUUACUAUGCCAAAUGGAUACCGAACUUUUCUGACAAAAUACAGCCACUUGUGAGUGCUAAUGCCUUCCCAUUAAGUAAGACUGCCCUUGAAGCUUUUGAUCUGCUAAAAAAGGAGCUUGAAGGAGCAGCACUACAAUCCAUAGAUGAAAGUCGUCCUUUUGUGGUUGAGUGUGACGCUUCUGAAGUUGCCAUAUCUGCGACAUUAAACCAAGGUGGUCGGCCAGUUGCAUUCAUGUCAAGAACACUGCAGGGUAGCGAACUACAUUACCCACCUUUAGAGAAAGAGGCGACAGCUAUCAUUGAAGCUGUGCGCAAGUGGCGCCAUUUUCUGGCUGGUCGCCAUUUCACACUGGUAACAGAUCAGCGCUCUGUAGCUUUCAUGCUGGACAACAGGAAACGUUCAAAAAUCAAGAAUAACAAGAUACAAGACUGGAGAAUUGAACUAGCUUCAUUUUGCUACACUGUGAAGUAUAGGCCUGGAAAGGACAACGUGGCACCAGACAGUUUUACUCGUGCAUUUCUUUCUUCAGUAUCAACAUCUAGCCUAGAUGAUAUCCAUAAAGCCUUGUGCCAUCCAGGUGUGACUCGAAUGUUGCACUUUGUAAGAUCAAAGAACUUACCUUUUUCUACUGAGGAGGUGAAGAGAACAUGCUCUACUUGCAAAAUUUGUGCUGAACUGAAACCUCAGUUCUAUCAUCCAAUACCUGGUACAUUGGUCAAAGCAACACAGCCCAUGGAACGACUAAGUAUUGAUUUCAAGGGGCCAUUGCUUUCGGCAUCACGCAACGUGUACAUACUGACUGUAAUAGAUGAGUAUUCACGUUUUCCAUUUGCAUUUCCCUGCCCAAACAUGCACUCGUCUACUGUAAUCAAAUGCCUCGACCAGUUAUUCACUUUGUGUGGAUUGCCUAGCUACAUCCAUUCUGAUCGUGGAUCAUCCUUUCUGUCGGAAGAGAUUAAGAACUACUUAUCACAACGAGGGAUAGCGACAAGCAAAACUACUCCAUAUCAUCCGAUUGGGAAUGGACAGGUUGAAAGGUAUAAUGGUAUCAUUUGGAAGGCUGUCCGUCUUGCACUAAAAUCCUCGAGUCUGCCAGAUUCACAGUGGGAACAUGUGCUUCCAGAUGUGCUACAUUCAAUCAGAUCGCUUCUCUCAACAUCCACAAAUACAACUCCUCAUGAGAGAUUCUUUGGCUUUCAACGGAGAUCAUCUUUUGGUACUUCAAUCCCAACGUGGCUGACAACCCCAGGUCCAGUCCUACUUCGUAGAUUUGUCCGAUCAAGCAAGAAUGAUCCGCUGGUUGACCAAGUCGAGUUGAAAGAGGUUAACCCAACUUAUGCCCAUGUGCGGUAUAAGGAUGGUCGUGAAUCAACUGUUUCUCUCAGAGACUUGGCUCCUUAUCCAAACAAUACCUUAGAUGCUCAGUGUGCGUCACGGGACAGUAUAUCCGAUGUUACUGAUGAUCAUCAGGAUAGUCAUGCUACUGAUGUGAGUGAAUCCAUUACUCCACUCACUACUGACAUGAGUGAUUCCACUGUUCCACACACCAAUGUGUUUGACCAAGAACUAAUCCCUACUAGAGAUGCGCCUGUGAUUCGACGUUCCACUCGUGAGAUAAAGAAACCUUCUCGGUAUGGUUGGUGAUAAGUGAUUUACCCGUAUCCUUAAGACAGUGAACUUUCUUCUAGGAGGGAAGAAUGACGUAACAUUUUUAUCUUAUAAUAUGGGACAUUAAUUACGUUGCACCGGUAGUUCGAAAUAACUUAGCACCGGUGGGACCGCCAUAUUGGUAAUGUGGUAUUAUGGGUUGAAUGUUUAUUUCUUUCCAUUAUGUAAGUUUACAGUUAAUUAAAGCCUACAUUGGAUACAACAAUAUGACUAUAGGAACAAGACAAAAAGUUACAAUCCAAAAUGAUAUUUCUCUUAUAAUAAAUUCAGAACGUCUGCAACACACUGAAUGCGAAAAACUUUUAGGAAUUAAAGUUGAUAAUAAUUUAAAAUGGACAAAUCAGGUUAAACAUGUGUGUUCCCUGAUCUCAAAACGUCUGUAUCUGUUAUAAAAAAUCAUUAGGUAUUUAAAUUUAGAUGCAAGAAAACUUUUCUACAAUGGGUAUAUUUUACCACUCAUCGAUUACUGCUGUGUAAUUUGGGGAAACUGUAACCAGGAUGGAUUAGAACGUUUACUAAAACUGCAAAAGAGAGCUGCAAGGAUGAUAUUAGAUGUAGAUCCUAUUACUCCAUCUGCCCCACUAUUUAAACAGUUAAAAUGGAUGACAAUGGAAACACGAAUCCACUAUCACAAAUGUUUACAAAUUUAUAAAUGUCUAUACAAUGAAGCCCCAAACUAUCUUUCAAACUUAUUAAUAUAUGUUGGAGAAAACAAUCCCUACAACCUUCGAAAUGUAGAGGAUAGAAAUCUAUUAAUUCCAAAACCUAAAAUGUCUUUAUUUAAACAUGCUUUCAGUUACUCUGGACCAGUACUUUGGAAUAAAUUGCCUAAAGCUAUCCAAUCAUCGCCAAAUACUGCUGUUUUUAAAUAUAGACUCAAGAAAUAUUUUUUUAAAUAAUAUCAUUUGUACAUAUGUUUAUUGCCAUAUAUGUAUUCUAUUUGUUCAUAAAUGUAUGCAUUGUAAUUCUGUA